AUGUUGUUUUCAAAACAAAUCAUCUUUGCUCUUCCAUUCAUCCAAGUAGCACUUACUGCCUCAAACUCAUCUCGAAACUCAACCGUCUGUAAGCCAAAGUCAUCACAAAAUUCAACGACUUUGCAUAGAAGCGCACGUCAAUCGGCUUCAGCUCAAGAUGGUAGUCCAACGGGUAACAUGACAGGCUCCUUGACCUCAUCGAACAACUUUAUCAACUUUUGUGUUUCUAAAGAAGCUCUGGGUGCCAAACUUAUGAACGGAUCACAAUCGGCUCACAAUUACUCAUGUAAUGGAAUUCCAAUGGGAAUGAUCCCUGCCCCAGAUCAAUUCCCAAGUUGUAAAUUUGUACACCCAAUUAACUUUUCAAACUUAAAAGCUAACACAACAUUUAACAUAAUCCUUAAAAUCAAGAAUAUGGUCACUGGAAAGUUUACUAACCCAACCAACACAUAUUUCUCAGCACCUCAACAAAUCUCUCCUAAAUCAAAACAAGUCAUCGGUCAUGCACAUGUAGUGAUCCAAAAGAUCUCAACCUUAAAUUCGACCAAAACAGUCAAUCCUACCAAGUUUAGCUUCUUCAAAGGUAUUGAUACAAGUGUAGGAAAAGAUAACACAAGUUUUGUUGAGGUUACCAAUGGACUACCAGUCGGAUCUUACAGGCUUUCUAGUAUGCUAAGUGCAGCUAACCAUCAACCGAUCCUAAGUGGAGUGGCUCAACGAGGAACAUUUGAUGAUGUUGUCUAUUUCACAGUUUCUUAA